CGUCUUUGUUUUCCAAUGAUGUAGAAGCAUUUGGCUCUCUGCUCAGUCCUAGGUAAUCUAUCAAGAUAAUAACUUCACUAAUGCAACGCGACAUAAUUCAUAUCUUCACAGCUCUCCCGCAUCUCUCCUUUCCUCAAAUUCUGGCAUUAGAUGUAGCAUCACGAAUCUGGGGCUGUGAUGAGAAAAGGUUCACAUCUUAUCUUCGAACGAACCAUAGGGAAAUCUUCUUGGAUCGCGAUGAUAUUAGUGAACAUGAAGCUGAGCCCAUGCCCUGCAUGGUGUAUCUCUGGACUUUUGGAUUGCAAGGGCUUCCAGACAUAAUACUACGUGCUUGUUGUCAUUACCUAUGGUACAGCUUGAAAGACCGAAUGUGGCAAAGGCGACCCAGAGAAUCAUUUUUCGUAUGGUAAAAGUUGCACAAUGGUAUUUAACGCCCUAAAGAAGCUGAUGGGAUGUCAUCCGUUAACUCAAGCUUCAUCUGAGGUUCUGUCGGACUGGGGAUCAUGGCUCGGACAAGCGUCUGUGUGAGGGAACACCACCUAUGGGGCGAAUUGAACCACUUGAGGCGAGUUUUGUGAAGUGUGUUCAUGCUUUUCAUGCUGUGGAAGCCACAUGGCCAUUUUUAGGCGAGAAAAUGAAAUCAUAUCUGUCACACGAGCAGAAGGAAACGGUCUGCCGGUUUGUGGUGAGGGGAGCGUUGUAAAGAUAGAAAGUCGAAGCCAUAUACCGCCCCAUGGCUCGUUCGGAGACGUUUUACAGAGUACCCUAGUAUUCGUAAACAAACUUCAACGGCAUGGCCAUCCAUACCUAGUAUAUUGACGUCCGGUACUCGACCUACUGGGCAGCUGGGUCGGGUCGGGUACGGCAACCGAG